AAAUCCAAUUAUUUUACUCGAGUUACACAGACGAUAUGCUACAUGUAAUCAAGCGUCUAAGCGUCAUUACAAAAUGCAGAAAAGUUGUCUUCUUUGCAUGUGUAAAUCAUUAGCUUUAAAUCAAUUUCGGUCAGCUAAAAACUUACCCAAAAAAAGAACGGUUCGAUUUUUUGAUAGCCUUAGGAUACAUGUAAGAGGAGGUGCUGGAGGACAGGGGUUUCAAAGAUAUGGCGGUAUUGGUGGGAAAGGAGGGGAUGUUAUUGUUAGAGCAUCCAAGAAGGUCAAGUUAAAAGAACUUCCUGAGUUAAAUCCUGCACAAAGAUACACUGCACAGACUGGAAGUGACAGCUCGAAGAGAUUAUUGCUAGGCCCUCCUGGUGAGGAUGAGAUAAUACCAGUCCCUGUAGGUGUUACUGUAGCCACUGAUGAAGGACGUAUUAUAGGUGACCUUAAUGAAGAAGGACAAGAAGUUAUUGUUGCACAUGGAGGAGAACCUGGAGGUCCGGGAAAUAACUACCAUGGAAAGAAGGGCGAGGCUCUUUCAGUUAAAUUAGAUCUAAAACUGAUUGCUGAUAUUGGAUUAGUUGGAUUCCCAAAUGCUGGAAAGUCAACAUUUUUAUCUGCUAUAUCAAGAGCUUCACCAAAAAUUGCAGAAUACCCAUUUACUACUAUCAGACCACAAAUAGGUGUCAUGGAAUUUCCUGACUUUAGAAAGAUUACUGUAGCAGAUUUACCAGGACUAAUUGAAGGUGCACAUGUUAAUUUUGGUAUGGGACAUAAAUUCUUGAAGCAUGUAGAGAGAACGAAGCUAUUACUAUUUAUGGUUGAUAUUAACGGUUUCCAGCUCAGCCAUAACUAUCCCAAGAGAACGGCUUUUGAAACCAUUUUACUUUUGAAUAAGGAGCUUGAAUUGUUCAACAGUGAUUUACUUAAGAAGCCAGCAGUGUUGGCUCUAAAUAAGAUAGAUACUGACAAAGAUGGUACACUCACUGAUAGUAUUGUUGACCAGAUCCAAAAUAUACCAGAAUCUUUAUCAGGGGUAGAUGAGGCACUUCACCCAGAAACAUUGAUAAAGUUUGAUGAGAUAUAUAAGAUAUCUACAAUGUUUGAUUUAAAUACACUGAUUAUGAAAAAACACUUACGGAAAUGGCUAGACAUCUGUGAUCAAUAUAAUCAGGAGGGAACUUCUCAGUUGUCAUCGUUAGAAAAAGCCAGCAUUACUAAACUAGAGAGGAUUUUAGGAAGAGAACAAAAUAAAAAUAAAAUGGUUUGAUACAUGAUUGAAUGUUUCGUUUAUUGUUAAUGAAAAAAAUAAAAAAAUGUUACUAAAACAACAA